CGGAAGCGGAAGUGGUCCUCGAAAGGAUUUUCGCCGCUGAUGUCAGGCGUUUCUCCGCAUUUUAAUUCCGAAAGGUCUCAGGUUUUUUGGUGUCUCUCGGGAGCUCCUGGGUUAGAUCUUCCAGACUCCAGCCUGCCUCUCUCCAGCAGCUCUGCUUGAGUUUACAGAUGUCUACAAAGCUUUAGGCUCCUGAGAGAAUAAAGUUUGAGACCUACCAUGAUCAUGUCAGCUAAUCGGACCUCUCCCCAGAAAUCCCUGGUCCUGGUUCCAGAGGAAUGUGAUAAUUCAUACGAGGGAUCGGUGUCCUUCAGGGAUGUGGCUGUAGAUUUCAGCAGAGAGGAGUGGCAGCAUCUAGACCUUGCUCAGAGAAACCUGUACCGGGAUGUGAUGCUGGAGACCUACAGUCACCUGCUCUCUGUAGGGUAUGAAGUUCCCCAACCAGAAGUUUUCAUGUUGGAGCAAGGAAAGGAGCCAUGGGCAUUGCAGGGUGAGAGCCCACAUCAGAGCUGUCCAGUGACCCCAAAGCACAAGAAUAGUGAUGGUGGCAAUUCCGAUAUGCCAAAGAGAAGCCAUAAAGUGCAUCCUUUAAAUGAAAAGCUGAAAGUUCUUGACUAGGAAAAAAAAAUCAGGUUCAGUACUGUCUGAGGACUCAGGCAUCUGCUGAGGGUUUUGGAACAUGUCUCCUUCAGAUAAGGGGGGAACGCCUCUAUUUUAUUUUUUGAUUUAUUACCAUUUCUUUUUCCCCACACCCAUCUCACUUCUGACCAUAGGCAAUUGUUUUAUAUGAUGGAAACAUUUUUUAAUGCAUGGAUAUUUUAAAAUUUAAAGUGACGGGGAUUAUUCAUUUAUAUAAA